CCGACUCUGAUCCUCUUCCUCGAACUUUACGCCCUCUUUUUUCGCUCCCCAAUAUCCACCCACUCUCUCUCUCUCUCUCGUUCUCGCAACUUGAACAGCCAACAAGGUCGGUGGUUCCAUACUCCUGUCUCUUUCUUCUAUGGUGGUGGGCUAGAGUGAUAAGAUAGAGUAAAAUAUACAAAAGCAUAAAAAAGCAACACAGUAUAUUUGGUCUCAAUAGUUUUAUGUUGAAUACAAAUUGAGUUUGAGCCAUUCACACUCGAAUUUGAAGAAUAUAUUAAGCCCCCCUAGAACCACAACCCACAUGCAUAUUAUGGUUACUUGUGUUUACUACGUAUUCUCUGCUCUGUUCUUGGCUUUUACUAAAGAAUUUGUGGACUAUUUUGUGGGGUUCUUCUUGAUGGACUGUGUUUCAUGCUUGAAGGAUUUGAUGCUGAUGAGUGAUUUCGGAUGUGGGUAUUUGCUAUUUGGGUGUUUUGGUCGAGUGUUCAAUGUUGUGGGUUUGUUAUUGCUUUUCGGAUUGGGCUUGAAGGUCUUGCAAUUCAGUUGCUAUUGCAAGGGUUUGAUUCGAUUUCUAUGCAAUUUUAGAAGACAAUCAAGUAAAUUGAGAAAUGGAUUGCGUUUGAAAAAUGGAUUUGAUCCGAAAUUCUUCUCUUCCAAGUGUCGAUUGUUGAAUUUUUUGGAGAAUUCAAACCCAGUUAUGACUUGUAAAUUUGAGGAAAAUAAAAGCAUUGGGAAUAGUAAUGCUGAUGCUAAAGUGAAGGCUCUUUUGGUUGAAGAAUAUUAUGAUGGUGAUGAUGAAAAAGAAGAAGAACGUUAUGAUGAAGAUGAAGAAAUGGAUGUAAUGGCAUUGAGAAAAUUGGUCAUGAUUGAGAGAAGAAGGGCAAAUGCUGCAUAUUUGGAACUUGAGAAGGAAAGAAUGGCAGCUGCCACUGCUGCUGAGGAGGCAAUGGCGAUGAUUUUGCGCAUUCAAAAUGAGAAGGGCUUGAUUGAAAUGGAAGCUAAUCAAUACCGUCGGGUGGCUGAGGAGAAGCAACUUCAUGAUCAAGCAGUGAUUCAGUCAUUACAGUGGAUUAUAACUACACACGAGGCUGAAAGGAGUUCCUCAGAAGAUCAAUUGAAAUUUUGCGGGAGAACAUUGGAGCAAUAUAUGAAGGGUGAUGAUGGGGAUCAAUAUGGAGUUGCUGAAUCCUUAAAUUUUUUCAAUUCUUACAUUGAGGAUGCUUGUGAUAAUGGACUAAUUAGCUCUUGGGACAUGGAUUUGUCGCAUAAACAAUGGUAGACGGAGUAUGCUGGAAUCAUCGCUUGGAUUUAUGUCUCUUUCAUACAAUAGAUUGUUCAGGCAGAGAAUAUUGGAGAAGUCCGAGGACAAAAUGUUCAUUCCCUAACUUCAAUGGAGGUUCAGACAAGCAGUUCUUUUGGGAGAAACUAUUCUCCUAUAUGUGCAUCACACAUGAAAGAUCAGCUGAGGAAAACCAGAGAUCAAGAGAUUGUGUUUCAGUUAAAUAGGGUCCCUAAUGUGGUUGCUCUUUGUAAGGUGUUUUUUUUCUUGAAUUCACAAUCUGCAAAUAGAAAUAUAGCUAUGAAAGUUCUCCUACAAUACAUAUUGUUAGGCUAUAAUAGAUUAUCCACCAUGCACAUUUAUAGGAAUUUGUUUAUAUAUAGUGACUUCUACUUGGAUUUAUAUCGAUUU